AUGACGGAGAAACGGAUGUCGCGGUGGUAUUUCGGUGGGCUGGCGUCCUGCGGAGCAGCAUGCUGCACACAUCCUCUGGAUCUACUCAAGGUACACCUGCAGACACAGCAGGAGGUGAAAAAGAGGAUGAUGGGGAUGGCCGUUCAUGUGGUGAAGAAUGAUGGUGUGCUGGCUCUUUACAAUGGCCUCUCUGCCUCCCUUUGUAGACAGAUGUCCUAUUCUCUCACCAGAUUUGCCAUCUAUGAGACAGUAAGGGACAUGAUGGGGAGCACAAGCCAGGGCCCCAUGCCCUUUUACCAGAAGGUCCUGCUGGGAGCAUUUGGAGGUUUUACUGGUGGGUUUGUUGGCACGCCGGCAGACAUGGUGAAUGUCAGGAUGCAGAAUGACAUGAAACUACCUCCAGAACUGAGGAGAAACUACAAACAUGCCAUCGAUGGGCUCUUCAGAGUCUUUAGAGAAGAGGGUGUAAGGAGACUGUUCUCAGGAGCCACCAUGGCUUCCAGCAGAGGAGCAAUGGUCACUGUGGGACAGUUGGCGUGUUAUGACCAGGCCAAGCAGCUCGUGCUGGGAACAGGCAUCAUGGGAGAUAACAUACUCACGCACUUUCUUUCCAGCUUCAUUGCUGGAGGCUGUGCUACAUUACUGUGCCAACCUCUGGAUGUACUAAAGACCAGGCUGAUGAGCUCAAAAGGAGAGUACACAGGGGUGACACAUUGCUUACGAGAAACUGCCAAGCUUGGUCCGCUGGCAUUUUACAAGGGUCUGGUCCCUGCAGGGAUCCGCUUGAUUCCUCACACAGUGCUCACUUUCAUCUUCUUAGAGCAGCUCAAGAAAAACUUUGGCAUCCGCAUCAUCUCCUGAGCACACUGUGUGACCAGCCGCUCUUCAAGGGACCCCCCCCAACACAGCCACACCACACCCUUGCAUCACUCUACUCCUGGCAUUUACAAGAAAAGAAGGAGAGAAAUGGACUCCUCUAGGUUAUUUUGGGCUGCUGUAUGUUUUCCUUUCACUUUUGCUCUACCUCCAUCUCACAGCUAGCUAGACUUUGAAUUAUCAUGAGCUGACUUGUAGAAGGGACAAAUACUAGAACUAACGGACAGUAUCUUCUAUCAGCAUGGAUUAAUCAAUAUGAUGGUGCUACAAAUGGGAUUAUUAGAAUGACAGAGAGAAGAAUAAAAUAAUCUUUGGCAGAUGUUUAAUGUAGUUUGUGGAAUUUCUGGCGGUGUUAGUUACGUGAAAGAAUGAGACGUACAGAGAUUGAGUGUUCAUUUUGAGAAAAGGAGCAAUUCAUCUGCUCACAAACAGAUAAAAUGUUGACUUUACCUAAUUCCAGAUCAGAGCUUGUAAUUUAUCUUUUACUUUCAGCAGUACUUAAGCCCGAUUUUGGCCUAAAAAGAUGUUUCCUGCAAGAUUAGGACAUGACAAAGUUUAAGAUCAGAAUCCCAAAUUACCACCGUCUACUAGCCAAAUGCUGGUAAAAUAUACAAGUGGCUGUUAGAUUUGCUUCACUCCCCACCCAAAAAAAAAAAGAUUAUUUAUUGAGUGGCUGGUAAAAUUUGAACAUUCACUAGCCAUUUGGCUAAUGGACAACACAAGUUAAAUUUAGACCCUGUUUAUUAUAUAGCAGAAGUACAAAAUGCAAACAAACAGUGUAACCUUGUCAUCAGUCGCAUCUUUCCAAUCUCUAUUUCACAGAAGCCGUAACUAAAACAGGACUUAACAAAACUAAUUAUUUAUACUUAAUUACACAUACUGUAGUAAUCAUUCCCAACAGUGGUGACCAAGUGUAAUGCACCCUGGAUUUAACAGUUAAUUUCGUUUGCUUUUUCUUAACUAAAUUAAUGUUUUAUAACUGGAAAUCAACUACUAGUAGGUUAAAAUGUUGCUAACUUUGACCUGAGUCUCCUUUCCUUCAUUCCUCUGUCACCGUUUCACUCUCAAAUCUUUAAAGAAGAGGACCAAGUUUGUUUCGUGUUUUUAAGUAAGGAAGGAGUUUGUAGGGAAACUAGGAAACCGAGAGAGCAGACUUCCUGAUGAAGACACUCUUGGCAGUGACUCUUUUUAGUUACACAUUUCCAGUGAAAUUCUGUAUUACCACUUGAUCUCUUAAAAGUUCUUACUGUUUGAAUAGAGCUGCAUGUAGAGGACUGCUGUAUUAUACAAGUGUACAUGUAGCAUUUCCAUCCGUAAUGUUGCUGUUUCAUUUAGCUGAAUGCAUGUCAGACUUUAUGACUCAGGAUGCUACUCUGUUUAACAAGGCACUUUAUUAAAAUCCCUGGACUCAUACUGAUGAACCUGCUGCGUAAAAACACAUGCUGCAGAAUAUAACAUGUUCUACAAGCAAAAUGGUUCCAAUUGGGGCCAAUCUGUAAUGUUUUGUGACACUUGCCAGGUAUUGUCUACUGAUUUGUUUGGUCUUGAUUCAGUGAAAUAAUGCAUUCUCUGUUCUGUGCCUGCUCUGUUGACAGACCUCGUCAAAUCAUGUUGCCUUACAGUGUGUAUCCUCCAGGAGGCAGUAUAGUAAUGUGUGAAUGAAAUCUAUUCCAACAACUUGAACAACCCUCUCUUGGGCAUCCUGUGUUGCCCUGCACUUUCAUUCAAGGAUGCAUA